UUCACCAAAACUUCCAUAGUUAGGGACUCCACAGUGGACACUGGACACCAAUUCAGUGAAACUCUUAUCUCUCUUUCCCUCCCUAUCUCCUAAACUCCUAAACUCCUAACUCAUACUUUCUCUGUCUUCCACCAUGCUAGCGACUCCAAACAUCCCCACAUGGUCCUGCUUCGGCGACACCUUCAAAAACCCUUCUCCCUCCUACUGUAAGUCAAGCCUACAUAGUAAUUGUAAUGGACGUCUACACUUUUCAUGUAUGAAGGAUAGAUCUAGCAAGAGCUUGAGAUCAGCUGAAGCAUCAGAUAACGUGAUUUAUCUUGUUGAAGCAAUCAGCAGAGGUCACGUACUUCAAGUGAGAGCUGUAGAAUUGCAGAAAAGUCUUAGUCUAGCAGAAGUUGGUAGUUAUACCAAAGGUACAACAUCCAUGAAGCUAUGCCAUUCUUUUAAGCAUGGUGGGUCACUUGGAGAAGGUGCUCAAAAUAGUUUGUUUUUGACUGGUGGGCCUGCUGUAAAUUGGAGAAAACACAGAAUGAAACAAGUGGCUUUCUGUGGAAUUCUGAUAGAGAAUUCAGAUAGCAUGUUAAUGGUUGAUGUGAAGCCAGAAAAGUGUAAAUCUACUGAAGGGGUUAUGGAGGCAUUACAGUCAAUUGCAGAUCAAAGCAUGGCUUUUCAUUACUUUAAGAGUAUAGCAAGAAUGCCCUAUGUUGUCCAUACCACUGAAAGUUGUAAUUACAUGCUUGAUAUGUUGAGGGUGCACAGGAGAGUAGGAGAUAUGGUAUUUGUAUUUAACUUAAUGCAGAAGCAGAUAAUCAACAGGAACUCAGCCACUUACUUGACAAUUUUUAAAGUGCUCAAUGUAAGGGGUGGAAUGAGGCAAGCCCCCUCUGCGCUUGAUAGGAUGGAAUCCGCUGGGUUUACUUUGAAUGCUUAUUCAUACAUUGGGUUGAUUCAUUUGCUUCUCCAGUCUAGGUAUUGUAGGGAGGCUUUGGAGGUGUAUAGAAGAAUGGUUAGAGAAGGAAACAAGCCUAGUUUAAAGACGUAUUCUGCACUUAUGGUAGCAAUGGGGAAACGGAGGGAUACUGAAACUGUAAUGGCACUGUUGAAAGAGAUGGAGAGUUUGGGAUUGAGGCCUAAUGUUUACACGUUCACUAUAUGCAUUAGAGUUCUUGGGAGAGCAGGAAAAAUUGACGAGGCAUAUAGAAUUCUGGAAAGAAUGGAUGAUGAAGGGUGUGGGGCUGAUGUCGUCACUUAUACGGUUCUCAUUGAUUCACUUUGUGCUGCUGGAAAACUAGAUGAUGCGAAAAAAUUGUUUCGAAAGAUGAAAGACAGUUGUCACAAACCUGAUCGAGUAACUUACAUCACUCUUAUGGACAGAUUCAGCGAUUGUGGAGACUUGGAUAGUGUGCAUGAAUUUUGGAGUCAAAUGGAAACUGAUGGUUAUCUUGGUGAUGUUGUUACCUUUACUAUUCUCAUAAAUACUUUAUCCAAAGCAGGAAAAAUUGAUGAGGCAUUUACUCAAUUAGACAUCAUGAAGGAACUAGGUAUCACGCCAAACCUGCAUACUUACAACUCUUUGAUUGGCGGCCUUCUGAAAACAAAUAGGUUAGAUGAAGCUCUAAGUCUGUUUGAGAGCUUGGAAUCUUUUGGUGUUAAACCAACUGUGUACACCUACAUCCUAUUUAUAGACUACUAUGGGAAAUCAGGAGCUUCAAACAGAGCACUGGCGACAUUUGAGAGUAUGAAAUCUAGGGGAAUUACCCCGAAUGUUGUUGCUUGUAAUGCUUCCUUGUAUAGUCUUGCUGAGGCUGGGAUGCUUAAGGAGGCAAAUAAUGUUUUUAAUGGACUUAGAGAAAGUGGAAUAGCACCAGAUUCUAUAACAUACAACAUGAUGAUGAAGUGCUAUAAUAAGACAGGCAGAGUGGAUAAUGCUGUUGAGUUGCUCACUGAGAUGACAGAAAAUGGAUGCCACCCUGAUGUUGCUGUUAUCAACUCACUGAUCGAUAUGCUUUACAAGGUUGAUCGAGUGGAUGAGGCAUGGGAAAUAUAUAAGAGAAUGAAGCAUAUGAAGCUUGCUCCAACAGUUGUAACUUACAACACUUUACUAUCCGGAUUGAGGAAGGAAGGCAGAGUAGAAGAGGCUAUUGAUUUAUUCACAACCAUGAUGAAUAAUGGCUGUAAUCCAAACACAGUUACCUUUAACACACUCCUAGACUGCCUCUGCAAAAAUGACGAGGUUGAUAUGGCUAUAAAGAUGUUUUUUGAAAUGCGACAAAUGAAUUGCUUUCCAGAUGUGUUUACUUACAACACUCUCAUAUAUGGUCUAAUUACAGAAAACAGAGUGUGUGAUGCGUUUUUGUUGUUCCACCAUAUGAGGAAAUCAAUGUAUGCUGAUCGUGUAACUUUGUGCACUCUUAUUCCUAGUAUAGUGAAGAACUCAAGGACCGAGGAUGCUUUAAAUAUUAUUAGGAUCUUUUUGUUUCAUGCUCAGCAUCCUGUAGAUCGCUCAUUUUGGGAAGAUCUGAUUAGCGGGGUUCUUGUUCACACAAGCAUUGACAAAGCUAUGGCGUUUGCUGAAAGCUUGAUAUCCUCUGAACUUUCUCAAGAUGACUCUGUUUUAGUCCCCCUCUUCAAGGUUUUAUGCAUACACCGAAGGGCACUUGAAGCACAUGACUUCUUUGCAAGGGCUAGGAGCUAUGGAAUUAAGCCUACAUUGGAAGUGUAUUAUAUAUUGAUUGGAGGCCUUCUGGAUAUCAGUCUACCUGAAUUGGCUUGGAAUCUUUUUGGGGAAAUGAGAAAAACUGGUUGUGUCCCAGAUGUGUCCAUAUAUAAUUUGUUGCUCGAUGCUUUUGGGAAAUCUGGGGAAGUUGACCAACUUCUGAAUCUUUUUGAAGAUAUGCAAAAUCGAUGUUGCACUCCCAACACAAUUACUCAUAAUAUCAUCAUCUCUGGCCUAGUGAAAUCUAACAGCCUAGACAAGGCCGUGGAUAUGUUUUAUAAUCUUGUUAGUGGAGAUUUUACACCCACUCCUUGUACAUAUGGCCCUUUGAUAGAUGGACUGGCAAAGUCAGGAAGACUGGAGGAAGCACAAAAGUUCUUUGAGGAGAUGAUCGAUUAUGGAUGUGAACCAAAUUGUGCUAUUUAUAAUAUUCUCAUUAACGGCUUUGGCAAAUCUGGUGAUAUGGAAACUGCUUCAACUUUAUUUCAGAGGAUGGUUAAAGAAGGUAUCCGACCUGACGUAAAAUCUUAUUCAAUUCUUAUGGACUGCCUAUUAAUGGUAGGGAAAGUAGAUGAUGCUUGGGACUAUUUUCAGGAAUUGAAACUGCAGGGCCUUGAUCCUGAUUUAAUAUGUUACAACCUUAUGAUCAAUGGCCUUGGGAGGUCUGGGAGGGUUAGAGACGCUCUCUCUCUUUUUGGUGAGCUGCAGACAAAGAAAAUAUCUCCAGACUUGUUUUGCUACAAUUCUUUGAUACUUCAUCUGGGAAUUGCGGGAAUGAUGGAGGAAGCAGGAAAGCUCUACGAAGAGCUCUUGCUGAAGGGCUUGGAGCCUACGGUGUUCACAUAUAAUGCUCUCAUCCGUGGCUAUGGUAUAUCUGGAGAUCCUGACCGUGCAUAUGCUGUCUAUCAGAGGAUGAUGGCUGGUGGCUGUACCCCCAACUUGGGUACCUUUUCUCAGCUUCCUAAUCAGUCAUAGACUCAGUGAAUAAGAAUAACACACUUGUAAGUGGGGUUUCUCUCCAUUUCUUUUUCGACCUGUGGAGGUACAUUCAGCCCUGUGUACAGUAUAGCAUAGGAAUGUACACUUGAUAUCUAUUUUAUAGGCAGUCCUUGAAUGAUGCUUCAAGGAAGCCGUAAUAGACACGUAAUAUGCUCUUGGAACUUGCCAUGCUUGACUGGUACUGUAUUCUCGUGUGGUGAGUGUCGGAGUUCUGCAGGUUCUGGUAUUGAUGUAUAGCUCAUAUGUGUUGAUAUAAGAUAUGAAUUGAAUCUGUUGGCCAAAUUGUGGUAGCUUUGCCUAUUGUACUGGUUACAAAGAUAAACAAAGACAUAUGUAUGUGUUAUUUCA